AGCCCAAUCCCUUUGCGAUUUUUGUAGCACGGAAGUUUCAUGCCUCCUUACACCACCAGUAGGUGGGGUCCGAGCAUUGCGGCUUAAACCUCUCCAUUUAUUAUUAUUAUUAUUAUUAUUUUCUUGUCGUCUUAAUAAUCGUUGAAGUUGAUUUCUUCUAGUUUUCUUAGUUUAAUAUUAAAAGUAUGCAUACUACUGUUUCUUUACUGCAAUUUGAUUGAGGUGUCGACUUUUUUUUUUCUUUUUUCUUAUUUUUGGGUUUGUGUAUGUCUGUUUUGUGAGUUUGAAUUUCUUUAAAACGAGUCAAAUACUGCAUGCUCUCUAUAUAUAAGAAAAGCAGGUUUUUUAGAUGUUGAAAGAAAAAGUAAGAAGAGAUUGAGAGAACAAUAAAGGAUCAUACAUGGAGGAUGUCUUCAGAAGAUCUGGUCAUGGAGAUCUGCCCAAGGAAAAGAAAUCGGCUGAUGAUUAUUCUAGUGCUGGUUAUCAUCAUCAUGAAGUUGCCUGCAGAGAAGAGGUUCUUGCAAAGGUUGGAGGCAAAAGGGCAUACCAUGAGAAUAGUGACGAUCUGAAGUCAUCUUUGUCAGAGCAUGAUAAAGAUUUAAGCUUGACCAAGCAGGUAGUUGUUGCAGAUAAUAAGGAAAGAUCCACCAUGGAGUCUGAAUCAAAAGCGUCUUCUUCCAGCCAAAAGGAACAGGAUAAUUGGCUUGAAUCAGCCAGAGCUGAAGUGGGAGAGGUGAGAGAAGAAAAUCAAAGGCUGAAAAUGCACUUGGGUCAAGUGAUGAAGGAUUACCAGGCCCUUCAAGUGAAAUUCUAUGACAUUAUCCGACAAGAAGAAACAAAGAAAUCCACCUCUUCAGUUGAUAACUAUCAGCAAGCAGUUGAAGAAUCCGAGCUUGUUUCCCUUAGCCUGGGGAGAUUUUCAAGUGAAUCCAAAAAGGAUGGAAAGAGCAAAACUUACAGUAAUGGGAAAGACGAUGAGACAGCCAAUAAUGAAGGUGAUCUGUCUCUUGGACUGGACUGCCAGUUUGAAGCGUCCAAAUCUCACAAUGCAAAUGGUGAACCUUUGGCGAAUCCAAUAAGCCCUAUUAACAGCUUAGAAGAUCAACCAAAGGAAGAAGCUACGGAAACUUGGCCGCCACCUAAGGUUCCCAAGACAACAAUGCCAGGUGGAGGAGACAAUGAAGUUAUACAACAGAACCCUCUCAAGAAAGCUAGGGUUUGUGUGAGAGCAAGAUGUGAUACCCCAACGAUGAAUGACGGAUGCCAAUGGAGGAAAUAUGGACAGAAAAUUUCAAAAGGGAACCCAUGCCCGCGAGCAUACUAUCGUUGCACUGUUGCACCAUCUUGCCCAGUAAGGAAACAGGUUCAAAGAUGUGCUGAGGAUUUGUCCAUAUUAGUCACCACCUAUGAAGGAACACACAACCACAAACUUCCUCUUGCCGCCACGGCUAUGGCUUCCACCACUUCUGCUGCUGCUUCCAUGCUGUUGUCUGGGUCAUCAUCAUCUAGUUCUCGAACCGUCCCCAACCCUUCCAGCACCACUGCUGCUGGCCUUCAUGGACUAAACUUUUAUCUAUCCGAUAACUCAAAUUCGAAGCAAUUCUACUUGCACAACUCUUCACUUUCAGCUUCACCUUCGCACCCUACAAUCACUCUCGACCUAACUGCAAAUGCAUCUUCAUCUCAAUUCAAUAGAUUUUAUUCCAAUAAUUCUCCAAUUCUAAAAUCCACUCCCACCGGUCUUAACUUCAGCUCUGCCGAAUCUAAAGCGAUGCCCUGGGGCAAUGGGCUCCUCAGCUAUGGUAGUGCGUCACAACCUUACAACAGGAACCAACUAGGAACUUUAACCUCAAGUGGUAGACCACCCAUGGAAAAUAGCCAUUGUCAACCCUACAUGCAGAAGAAAACCGCAUCAACUCCUCAGCAGCCAUUACCGGAUACUAUAGCUGCCGCAACCAAGGCGAUCACCGCAGACCCUAAUUUCCAAUCAGCUCUAGCAGCAGCUUUCAUGUCUAUCAUUGGCAGUGGUGGUGAAAAUCUGGGCGGAGGGGAUAACUUUGCCCAGAAGUUGAAGUGGGGUGAACACUUUCCUGUGGCUAGUGGUAACUCAUCAUUACCAACACCUAAAGGCAAUAAUAUUGCAUGUGCAACAAGCUACUUGAACCAAACGACUUCAGCAAAUUCUCAAGCUGGAAAUUUGAUGUUUCUGCCACCUUCAUUGCCUUUCGCUUCUCCUAAGAGUGCAUCUGCAUCUCCUGGGGACAACAGAGACAGCACCAAUUAAUACUUUAAUUGUUUGAAUUUGUUUUGGUGUAUACCUGUAAUAAUAAUAUGUGAAGAAAUUUUUGCAUCGGUGACAAGAAAGGGAAGUUGAAUAAGGAUUUUUUCCCCCCCAUUUUUGCAGGAAAAUUACAAUGCCUCCAAUGAAUGAUAUCCGUUAUAUGUUAUAGGCUUAAUUUGAGUGCCUUGAUUUUAAUAUGGAUGCAUAUUUUAGCCUGUGCAUAGCAUCAACA